CUGUGGCUCAACAGACUCAAAUCUGAGAAAUCAGCCACCCGUUGAGAGCUGCCCUGCGAGUGAUGCCUCAGGUUCAAGAUGGGGCUUGUCCCUGUCAGGAAGGUGCCUCCUCUAAAUUUGCAGUGAUUCAAGAUAUGGAGAGUGGAAGCAACUGGAAGAAUGGCAAUUGGUUCAGAUCCCGCCGAGGGCUGACUGUGCUCCUGGUGCUGUCUGUGCUCCUGAACGUGGUGGCCGUGGCUGUGCUGGCAGGAAAAAGUCAUGGAGAGAUUCCAGUUACACCUGAGGGUCCACAGUUUCUGGCCUGUCCCGAGGACUGGGUCGGGUACAACAGGGUCUGUUACUACCUCUCAGUGGACUGGAGGACCUGGGAGCAGGCUCAGGAUCAGUGCUCUGAGCUCGGGGCCUCCCUG